AUGUUCAACGCACUGACGGACCUUCGACUACUCCGGGUCAGGAACUUCUUCGACCCGGUCCCCUCCCUCCCGCCCAAGAUAUUUGGGUUCGUCGAGGUCGGGAAGGAGAUUUUCAUCGUCAUUGUGUCACCUUACUGUAAAUCACUUCUCGACAACCCACACAACUUGGAGCUCUACAUGCAUGGAGUUGCGGGGUGGAACGGAAUCAUGCCGUUUAAGCUCAUGGUGGAGCGAGACAUCGCGUUGCUGAACAAAGGAGGGGAUCUUCUCCUGGAAAAGCACAAAGUGCCGCCCAAAUGGUGGAACGUGAAGAAUAAGGCAAUGUACCAGCUGGAUGACGGGUCGUGGGAUCUCCGUGACUACAUGCCUCCUCCUCCAAAGGCUGUCGUCCUCAUAUAA